AAACCAAACUGCAUUCAUGCUAAAUGUCGGUGAAAGUUCAUUACAGGGUCAGGAUCUGUCAGCUUCACUUCAUCGAUUUAAAAAUCGCAGUGAUGACGAGGAUAUUCCUUAAAUCGGUCCAAAACACUGAAACACUCAGUGACAGCAUCGGUUCACGUCGCGGGAAAUGAAUGGAACUUACUAUCUGAGCAGAUCUGCUUCUGCUCACCGUCGUCCAGGAGCAUCUACUGGCCCCUUUCAUUCGGACAGGUCCAGAAAAAGGCAGCGAAACGCGGCUGAUACUUCUCGUCAGAAUGAGUCCAGCCAUUCUGUCAAAAAAGUUGUCAGAGUCGCUGGAGGUCGGCUUUAUUGGGGACUGGAGCGCAAAUAUUUACAACGAUGAGGCGUUCAGGAGCAACGCCCAUAAGACGUUGCGAUGCUAAAUAUUCAUUUAGCGUCUCCGUGAUUAGCUUUCUGGAAAAUAUGAGCCACUGUCGGAACAAGUGAAUUUAUUUAUCACGACUACACAUCUCGUAAAGAGAGGUCAGUGAACGCACCCUGAAGAAGUCCCACACUUGCGCAGUCGACGAGAAACCUUUCCGCCUCCAUUGGUUCCGCACUUAAAUUACCCCAAUCGGCGCACGAUGUCAGUUCAUAAAAAUGUUUAUUUUAAACUAAUCUCCGCUCGUCUAGAAUGAAACUUGGACCGGAUAAAUACACCCUGGAGUCAACAGGGAGUGGAAGGAGGUUUGUGAUACGAACACUUCAGGCCAAAUACUGGUGAAUGUUGUUAUGUGGAUCACGUUUGUAAGUUUUACAUUCAUUUUAACAGGAUCGCUUACCUAUAACAUUUUGAUUUUCCCGGUGUAACGUAAAUAUGACUAUGGGUAUGACGUAAAGCACUAGAAAAUGACAUUUGAGUUGACGUUGGUGAAGACAUACGUCAUCAGACGGUGCCCACUGGCGGUGUUGUGCUGGCCAGCUGCCGCUGUCAGUAGCCCCGCAGUUCAGUCACCAAGCGCAGCUUCGCCUCGUAUCCGCAGGGAAACCAAAAGCUUCUUUUCCAAGAAGCUGCCAUGGCUUCGUGCGGCCCUCCCACGCUGGGACCCACUCAUCUGGCUACCAAGGUGGAACUGACCAUCUCUUGUGAGAAUCUGCUGGACAUGGACAUCUUUUCUAAGUCGGACCCGCUAUGUGCGCUGUACAUCAACUCCACUGGCUCCCAGUGGUACGAGUUCGGGCGCACUGAGAUGAUUUUAAACUGCUUGAAUCCAAAGUUCUCCAAGAAGUUUGUUGUGGACUACUAUUUCGAAAUGGUGCAGAGACUCAGGUUUUGUGUCUACGACAUCGAUAACAACACCUACGACCUUGGGGAUGAUGACUUCCUUGGUGAGCUUGAAUGUACCCUCGGACAGAUUGUCUCCAGCAAAAGGAUGACUCGACCGUUAGUCUUAAAAAGUGGAAGACCUGCAGGUCACGGAACGAUCACAAUAUGUGCGGAAGAAAUAACUGACACCCGAGUGGCUAAUUUUGAGGUGUCUGCCCGAAGGCUAGAAAAGAUGUAUUUGUGGUGGACUGACCCGUUUAUUGAACUCUACAAGCAAACGGAGACAGGAUGGCUGCUGGCUCACAGGACCGAGGUGAUAAAGAACAACUUAAACCCGACGUGGAGACCGUUCCGCGUCUCUCUCCGUUCUCUUUGUGGAGGAGAUGUGGAAAGGGCUAUUAAGGUUGACUGCUUUGAUUAUCAUGUCAACGGCUCCCACAAACUCAUCGGGAGCUUUCAAACCACGUUGGCUGAGUUGCAAGGUGCAACACACACCUCCCCGGUUGAAUUUGAAUGCAUUAACUCAAAGAAGGUGAAGAAGAAAGGUUAUAAAAACUCUGGUGUCAUUUGCAUCAAGCGCUGCCAGAUCGAGAGGGAGUUCACCUUUCUGGAUUACAUCAUGGGAGGAUGUCAGAUCAACUUCUCUAUUGCAAUAGAUUUCACAGGCUCGAACUUGGAUCCCAGCCUGCCGCAGUCCCUCCACUAUAUCAACCCAGAGGGCUAUAAUGAGUAUCUGACAGCCAUCUGGGCGGUGGGUCACGUCAUUCAAGACUACGACAGUAACAAGAAGUUUCCUGUCUUUGGAUUUGGGGCGCAGGUGCCCCCAACCUGGCAGGUUUCCCAUGAGUUCCCCAUCAAUUUUAACCCAUCGAAUCCAUUCUGCGAUGGCAUCGAGGGUGUGGUUGCUGCUUAUCAGGCGUGUUUACCUCAACUGAAGCUCUGGGGCCCCACCAACUUUGCACCAAUCAUCAGGCACGUGGCGUGCUUUGCCAGACAAGCUUUGCGCCAGAACACGGCCUCACAAUACUACGUGCUGCUCAUCCUCACAGACGGAGCCAUCACUGACAUGGACGAGACCCGCACAGCCAUUGUGGAAGCCUCUCAUCUGCCCAUGUCGAUCAUCAUCGUGGGCGUGGGAGGGGCCGAUUUCGAGGCCAUGGAGUUCCUGGACAGCGAUGAGCGGUUGCUGCGUUCACCGAGGGGCGACACCGCCGCGCGAGACAUUGUCCAGUUUGUGCCCUUCAGGAUGUUUAAUGGGAAUCACAUGACCCUCACUCAGAGUGUCCUCGCCGAGCUUCCUGACCAAGUGACCUCCUUCUUCAACUCCUACAAGCUGAGGCCACCAAACAUAUCCAACAACCCAGAGCCGUCGUAGACGGAGAACUUUUAGAAAUCAGUAUUUCCUGCUUGUCUGCCUCAUCUGCAACUGGUGUCUUGGUCUUAUGAACGCAUGAAUGAGUGUGACCUGGCUCCAACAGCUCGUCUUAUAACCUUGAUGUGACUUAAAGUAUUGAUAAAUGUGGCAUGGAAUAAAUGGAUCUGAAAUAGAUGUCGACUCCUCA